UGAUCUGCAGAAAGCCGCCUGUGUACCCGUUCUCACAACAGUUUAAAAAUUGUCUAAUCAACAACACCGCUCUACCGGAAUUCACGUCAAUCUGUAUUGUUUAUAAUAAACAUUUUGAAAUUCUAUAGAUAUCUGUGAAGUGCCGCCUGAUAUUGUUUAAGAUGAUAUCCCCGUGGGACCGAUGGCAUUCCAACAGCUGCUGCCUGUGCUGUCACGUUCGCACAGGUACCGUUAUCCUGGGGGUUUGGUACAUGCUGAUCAAUGCAGUGGUGCUGCUCAUCCUCAUCACAGCCCUGGGUGACCCUCACCACUACCACCUGACCAGCGCUGAGCUGGCUAACGACUUAGAUGACAUGGAUGAUGCCAACAUGUGCAUUGCUUCAGCGAUCUCAUUGCUGAUGAUACUAAUUUGUGGAAUGGCAACCUAUGGUGCAUAUAAGCAACAUGCAGCUUGGAUCAUUCCAUUCUUCUGCUACCAAGUCUUUGACUUUGCAAUGAACACAUUGGUGGCUGUCAGUAUUGUGGUAUACCCCAACACCAUACAAGAUUACCUCCAACAGCUGCCUGAGAAUUUCCCCUACAAAGAGGACAUAAUGGCCAUGAGCAAUGUGUGCCUAGUGUUUAUUGUGCUCAUUUUCAUCGGAUGCAUCCUAAGUUUCAAGGCAUACCUGAUAGCAUGUGUAUGGAACUGCUACAAGUAUGUGAGUUCAAGAACCACCACAGAGGUCCUGAUAUACGUCACGACUAAUGACACCACGGUUCUGAUACCCCCAUACGACGACUCCAUGCCUGUUCCUUCCAAGCACGCUCCUCCACCCUAUGGGACACCCUACGUGGCAUGAAGAACCUGGGUCAUUGUUCUGCUGAAUGUUACUGGACAUUCCAAUCAGACCUUGACCAAAUUGAAUGUUUGGUUUUGUCCCACUACAAUAUGGAUUUGCUUUGAUAAUUGACUAUUUGGUUUAGAAGUAUUUGAAUGUUUAUAUUCAAAAGUUCAUUUAUGUAAAAAUGUUAUCCUGGGCCAAAUACUAUAAAUGUUCUCUCUUUUUUUACCUAUACACAUUUACCAACUUACUAUUUACUUUAAGAAUAAAUUAAAUUUAUUCAGUCAUUUGCACUGAUAUCCAGUUUAAAUAUAAUUUGUGGGAAAGGGACAAUGCAACAGUAAGAGUUAAAAUAUAACAGCACUCCAAAAGAUUUAUAUAUGUAUGCAUGUAUGUGAAUGUGUGUGUAUAUAUAUAUAUAUACACACACACACACACUAUCUCACAAAAGUGAGUACACC